CAAAAAUGACUAAGCACUACAGAGUCACGAACCACGACAUUUUACCUUUACCAAAGUGUAGUUGGUAUUUAACAGCAUUCCAAUAGUGAGACUAUAAGAGAGAGUGUGAGAGUGAGAGUGUGAGUAGCUGAAGGUGCUGAAAAAUGACGUCUCCAUUAUACUCAUACCGACUCCCUAAUGCUAAUGACAAGCCCAUUGAUUUUCUGGAGUUUAAUGGUAAAGUAGUAAUAAUUGUUAAUGUCGCGUCAUAUUGUGGGUUUACUCCUCAAUAUAAGGAGUUAGAGAUGCUUUAUGAGAAAUAUUCUGAUAAAGGACUUGUAAUUAUUGGAUUCCCCUGUAAUCAAUUUGGUAAUCAAGAGCCAUAUCCUGAUUCUCGUAUAGUUACAUUUUGUCAUAAGAAUUACGGAGUUAAUUUCCCGAUAAUGAGAAAGGUUGAAGUGAAUGGACCAUAUGAAUUACAAUUAUAUAAAUGGUUAAAACUGCAACAACCAGGAGCUUUAGGAUUUAAAGGUAUACGAUGGAAUUUUGAAAAAUUCAUUAUUGAUAGACAUGGUAAAGUAGUGAAAAGAUAUCUUUCUGAUAUAACUCCAUUAACAUUUGAAAAUGUUAUAGUAGAAUUACUUAAUCAACUGUAAAAAUCAAUAGAGACAUGAGUACUUAAUGACUCAAUUUUAAUUUUAAUUUCAAUUUUAAUUUCACUUCGUUUCAUAUCCUUCACUUCACAUCAUUCACUUCACUUA